CCCCAAAUUAAUGAAAGAAGACACCUCCCCUGUAAUAUUCAUGAUUCCCAUGUGAAAAUUACAACAGUAAGUGGAGUGAAAGCAGCCGCCGAUACAAAUCUUUUUCCCCAGAAUACUACCGACGUGAUGAAACCUCCUCUCCACAUGGCUCUAUUUUCCUUAAAACUAUUCCUUUUUUGAUACAUACAUAUAUAUAUAUAUAUAUAUAUAUAUAUAUAUUCUGCCACCCAAUGACAGUCCAGAGGUAACCAAAUUCCCUCUUCAUUCUCACAAAUCACCAUUAUAAAACGUGGACUCUUCCCGAGUCUCAGUCUUUUCAAAAACCAUAACACAUCAGAUUCUCUUCUCCAAACCCAAAUCGAAAUUCUUUCUUGAAUUCCGCCUAUAUAAUUGGAUCAAUGUCGAAGAAUAUAUUAGUGACAGGUGGAGCUGGGUACAUUGGGAGUCACACGGUGUUACAAUUACUGCUGGGUGGUUACAAGACAGUGGUGGUUGAUAAUUUGGAUAAUUCUUCUGCUAUUGCUAUUAAAAGGGUCCAAGAACUUGCGGGUCAAUUUGGCCCUAAUCUCUCAUUUUACAAUAUAGAUCUGCGAGACAAGCCUGCAGUUGAAAAGCUUUUCGAGUCUAACAAGUUCGAUGCUGUUAUCCAUUUUGCUGGACUAAAAGCAGUGGGUGAAAGUUGCCAGAAACCUUUGAUGUACUACAACAACAAUAUUACAGGUACAAUUACCCUGCUGGAAGUCAUGGCAACGCGUGGAUGCAAAAAUCUUGUGUUCUCAUCAUCAUCUACUGUCUAUGGCUGGCCAAAAGAGGUUCCUUGUACUGAGGAAUCUCCCAUAAGUGCUGCAAAUCCUUAUGGAAGGACAAAGCUCUUCACUGAAGAAAUUUGCCGUGAUGUCUACCAUUCUGACCAUGAAUGGAAAGUCAUAUUGUUGCGGUACUUCAAUCCUAUUGGUGCACAUCCAAGUGGUUAUAUUGGUGACGAUCCACGUGGAAUUCCAAACAACCUUAUGCCCUUUGUUCAACAAAUUGCUGUUGGCAGGAGACCAGCACUGACAGUUUAUGGAACUGAUUAUCCAACAAAGGAUGGUACAGCGGUGCGUGAUUACAUUCAUGUUGUUGAUUUAGCAGAUGGCCAUAUUGCUGCCUUGCAGAAGCUGUUUGAUCCUUCGACAGGCUGUGAAGUUUACAACCUGGGAACUGGGAAAGGAUCAUCAGUCUUGGAAGUGGUGUCAGCAUUUGAGAAGGCAUCAGGAAAGAAAAUUCCACUGGUGAUGUCUGGUCGACGGCCUGGGGAUGCUGAAAUAGUAUAUGCAGCAACAAAGAAAGCAGAACGAGAAUUGAAUUGGAGGGCAAAGUAUGGCAUUGAUGAGAUGUGCCGCGAUCAGUGGAACUGGGCCAGUAAAAACCCCUAUGGCUAUGAAGGAUCUGAAGAGUCAAACUAACAGUGCAGAUUCCACGUAUAUUACUAGGAUUACAGAAUGGUCGGAACAUUUAAAUUUUUUUCUAACUGGAGUUCCGAAGCAAGUGGUGGAACUUUUUCCGCCGUGAAGAAACAGGGAUAGUUGAUGAAUAAUAGCUCAUUUAGCUUAAACCUAUAGUGGUAUUUUAUUCGUUCUUUUAUUCUUUUGUAACUAGUAGCAUUACAACCAUAUUGUUUAAAGAAACUAUUUAUUUUUCUUGCUUCAAUUAUUAUGCUGGUCCACUGUGUAACCCUGUUAAGUUAAGCAAUUUGUUGGCAGUUAUGUCUUCUGUUUAGUGGUUGGAAAGUGUAUUAUGCUCAAGGAUGAACAUGCCUACAACUCACAGUUGAUGUCA